AUGGCUUCAUUGAAACCUAGAAGAAGGAUGCCAAGUAGAUGCUGCUCUUGUUGGUUGAAGAUUUGGCGCGUCGUUCAGCAAGACAUUCUACUUUUCCUCAUAAUAAUCGGCGUGUUAGUCGGGUUUAUUGUUGGGGCCGCCGCGAAUCCUUCCGUCAAUGACAUCGUGGAUCCCGAGAAGAAGGCGACGACCAUAAUGUUGAUUGGUUUCCCAGGCGAACUCUUCAUGAAUAUGUUGAAGUUAUUGAUUCUGCCUCUGAUCGUGGCAAGUUUGAUUUGCGCGCUUGCCACGUUGGAUUCCAAGGCCACGGGAAAGAUCGGAAGACGCACAGUUUUGUACUACCUUUCCACUACUCUUCUGGCUGUUAUCCUUGGCAUCGUUCUGGUAGUAAGCAUUCGACCGGGUGAAUCAGGGAACAAGCAGGCUAAGGAACAGAAAGAAAUCACUGGCCCGCAUCGAAACUUGGAUUCAUUCCUCGAUUUGAUAAGGUAGUUACUUUUUAAUCUGAACUUUACAUGAGACAAAUUUGUCCUAGGUUAUAAUUUUUUUCUGAAAAGAUUUAUAAACAAACCGAAGAUUGAACAAAAAAGAAACCGUGGAGUGGCAAGGAUUGGAUUUUGUUUUUUCAAUCUUUGAAACUUCAAAGUCGUGUCACAUUUUUAAAAGUAUUCUCUACGAUUGACUCACCAGCUAUAUGAGCCUAAAGCUGGUCAAAAUAGAGAGUGAAAAGUAGAACACGGCGUUUCUCAAGUUGGUAAAGAGAAGUCUGAUUUAAGAUUUUGAAAGAAAGAAACAAGCCUUUGUUUUCUUUUUUCUUUUUCGUGAUGGUGCAAUGUUUAAAUUUCUAUAUCAUGAAUAAUUUAAAAACAAAAUACAUUCGUCAUGACAUACUCUUUGUUUUGAAGUCAGCAAGGUCUUUAAUCUUUGAAAUAUAAAAUGAACACGAAUCAAUUCAACCAAAAGCAUUUAACGUAAGUUUUGACUAUCAUACAGUUUCGGUUAUUUUUUAACUUUGAAGCAUACUUUCAACAUUGCUGUACCAAUAUUGCUGACCCAGGAGUUAACCAUGAUAUAAUAAUUGAAUUCAUGUUUGCGUUUCUCGAAAUUCUUUAUUGAGGUCUCCCCCGGGAACCCUCGACAUCAUGCUGAUUGACAGCUGUUAUUUUCGUAGCUUUCCUACAGAGCGAAAUGAAGAGACACACUGUUCAUUACAAACAAUCUCAUAAAAGCUCUCUAUCACCGAAACUUUUUUUAAUCGAGAAUUUUCAUAAUAUUUUUCGUGAAUGGAAAUAAACUUUGCUUUUCAAAUUUUUGAUUGGCUUGAUAUGAUAGGUAGCUCAUAAUUUUUCAUGUUUUCCCUUUUUUCCCGCAGUAUCUGUGUUAUCCCAACAGGAGAAAUUCAAAUUUCCCCUCGUUGUAACUCAUGAUGUUCUUGUAUUUUGUCUUUUGAUCUUCUCUCUUUCCGAAUGUUUUUCAACACAAACUUAUAAACUGCAUUUUAAAUACGUUCAUCUCAUUGUAACGAGUUCGCUUUUUUGAAAGUUAAGGCAGCUGUGAAAUAACAAUAAAAUAAGCCAAGCGAACAGACUUUUGACAUUAUAAAAGGAAACAAAUAGUACCAAUAGUACUUUUUCCAUUCCUAGUUCUGUUAAUAUGCUACGUGCAACGAAUGCUCCGAACGAAAUGACAUAAUGUUUUCCCAAGGAAAAAAUUUUUUUCCAAACGAAAUAUGUAAAGUUAUGUAACCCUGAAUUAUUAAUUUACCAGAUUUCCGUUCACCGUUAGGAACACUUUGAUGUGAUAGCUGAGUUUAGGCGAAAAUUUCCUCAGGAUAAUAGAUUAAUUCCUAAGUUGAAAGUUUGAAUAGCUAUCGUGUUAGGAGCAGGUAACUUUUUCAUUAAAAUUUCUUUGCGCGUGUUGGACACGUGUACAUAUUUCAGCCUAUAUGUCGAACGUGUGUUACAUGAAUUAACCCAGGUAAGAAAUCUCUCCUGACAUGCUGACCCUGUGUUAUUUCCCGGCUUCAGUGAUGAAAUUCUAGUACUGUUCCUCUUUAUUUCUCAAAAUGUCAGCUCAGAGAAUUUUGAUACAGAUCAGGACACCUAUUGUUUGAAUUGGACGACACAAAGUCCUGUUACCAAUUAAUCAUAACUGUUGCAAUUUCCGAAAACAAUAAUUACAUUUAGGACAAAUAUGUACGGUAGAGACAAUGUCGAAAUAAAAAAUUCCUCAAAUUUGGAAACUCCACAAUAUUUUUUAGGAUAAGUGGUUGUUGCUAUGGUUAUUGUGAUCAAUUCUGUGAUUGGUGGAUUGACUGAAAGGACUAAGUAUGAUUGGCUGCUUCAACCGUCCGAUUACAGGUGUCCGAUUACAGCUUUACAGAAUGAUUAGUGAAAAAUAAAGCAGUUAAUGCACCAACCACAUUUGAGGACAUUAUAAUGGUUAUGAUUAAAACAAUUCUUAGACUUGUUGGUUCCAAGUGCCCUUAUUGCGAAUACGAUGCUUUGUCUUUGCCCGUACGUUUAAAAUUUGUCGGUCACAGCGUUUGCUGACUGCUAUUUGAAAAAGAAGAAGAAAAAGUAUAAUAACAGAAUGAAUGUUACCUUUAUCCACAGGAGCUGCUUCCCCAAGAACAUAGUUGAGGCCACCUUCCGUCAGGUAAAAACUUGGGAUUUCAACUAUUUCAUUCGCAGAGAUUCACUCACAGUCAAAACAGAUAGCCAUCGAUUAGACGGUCAAUCGGUCUGUCAGUCAUUUAUUGCGUCAGGGUAAUUUAAUAUUAUCAACUGAGUUGAUAACGUAAAUUGGCCACUGCAAAGAGUUUCAAAGCUGACGUUCCGAGCGUUAGCCCUUUCGUCAGAGUGAAUGGAAACGAAGGGCUAACGCUUGAAACGUCAGCUUUGAAACUCUUUACGAAGGCCAAUUUAUGUUAUCAACUCAAUUUAUACUGCUAAAUUACCCUGUUAUAAUCUCCCACCGACGCAGCACCACAGUUUCUUCAGAAACGUACCCUCAGUUAGUGCAUCAGACAGGCAGACAAUCACCAGUCAGUCGGUCAGCCGGUCAGUCUAUCCAUUUACCUUUCUGUCAGUGUGCCAAUCUGCUACUCAUUGAUGCAGUCAGUCCGUCAGUCAUUCAGCCAGUCCGUCUGACUUUCAGCCAAUUAGCCAGAGUAAAUUAUUUGAUUCGCCCACAAUAACGUUGCGAGUUAUCUUUCACCAGAAAAAUACAAAGUACAAGUCUAUUUCGGCAAAAAUCGAGUCCUACAACGAGACGGUCGAUGUGAGUACACUCGACCCUAGUGAUAACAUAACAGUGUACAACAACGGAACCCACAACUACACCACAAUCACCAAAGUGAUCUACCCAGCAUCAGACACCAUCCCGAAUGGUCAGCGGAUAGCUAACGAGGGAGGAAUGAAUGUUCUUGGUCUGGUGAUGUUUUCAAUUGUGUUUGGCAUCGUUCUGGGAAGGAUGGGUGAGAAAGGAUUGCCUUUGAAAGCGUUCUUUGAGACUUUAAACGAAGUUGUGAUGAAGAUGGUGGCUCUGGUGAUGUGGUAUGUUGAUCAAUUCCAAACGAGACUCUUCGUGUAGCAAUUUUAAAAAUUUGUCAGACAAUUUUCAUCCAUCCAUUUUCUUCAAAGAUGAGUUGAUUUGAAUGUCGCGUAGAGUUCUGAAAUGCAAAUAAAACUUGGCAAAUUAUUUCCAGCCUGAAUAAAACCGAUAUUAUAUCAUUAUAUCUAAUGAUAUUUAGAAUCGUUGAAGGAAUUCAUUUACCUAAUCAGUGGCUCGUGGCCAUCAGGACCAAGAUUCGAAGAUUCAGUAUAAUUUCGAUCAAACCAGAAACCUUACUGUGCAAUGUACAAUAACAGUUACACUCCAUCUGACCAAUGAAAUUUGUCUUAGCCCUUUAAAUGAGUUAAAAAAAAGGUAUUUUCCAGGUACUCGCCAAUAGGGAUUUGCAGCAUGAUCGCAGCUAAAUUGGCGGCCAUGGCUGACAUAUUAGACGAGCUGAAGCUCUUAGGAAUGUUUAUGGUGACAGUCAUCAUUGGAUUGAUGAUCCACGCCCUGGUUGUGCUUCCAAUUAUUUUCUUCGCCAUAACCCGUAAAAACCCAUACAGGUUCAUGAAGGGCCUGCGCGAGGCAAUGGUGACAGCUUUCGGUACAGACUCGAGGUAAGUGAUCAGCUCGUGAAACACAACGGUACUUGAGUGACUUAUUUAAUCUUUGGUGCGUGGCAAGUAGUGUAACUGUAGAAAUUGACUUUUGAUUAUUUGAUUGUCUGGCGGAGUGGCUUAUCGACUGAGUAUCUCACCCGUAGUUGACAUAUUGAAAUUCACCGAUUGAAUGACUCUGACCUAUGAGUUGUAACUCACUAAAUGCUUAGAUGCGGAGAAAUUUACUAACUUCUUGUUAAUCUUUUGACUACCUUCCUUGCAGCUCUGCUACUUUACCAAUUACCAUACGCUGCGUUGAAGAAAAGAACGCUGUUGAUCGACGUAUAAGUCGCUUCGUUUUACCCCUUGGUGCAACCGUCAACAUGGACGGAACAGCAUUGUACGAAGGUGUCAGUGCCAUUUGGAUAGCGCAGCUGAACCGCAUUCCACUCGCGCCAGGACAGAUUGUCACAACUGUGUAAGUUAAUGACUACGCAAAGGUUACGCAUGCAGAACCUAGUCAGGCUAAGGACAUGUUAGCCAUGAAGGGCGUUUUGUGGUUGACUGGGAUCUCGCUGCGUUUGGGUUGAUAACGUUUCUUCUCUCUUCGCGGCCAAAAGUGUACAGAGACCAAACUUAGUGGGUACAGAGCCUUGUAUAUGGGUGGGGAGAACUUACCUAUAAAUGAAAUAUAUUAUCACAAUUUCCAAUUUCUUUUUUCUAUUCAGUCUACUUUUACAAUUUCUAUUCCACUUACACCGGGACAGAUUGUCACAACUGCGCAAGUUAAAAACCACCAGAAGACUGCUCGUCACACAAAGCUUCCCCAUACAAGACUUAGUCGACCAAGAUCAUGUUAGCCGUAGAGAACUUUUUAAGAUCGUCUUGGAUAUUGCGAGUUUGGAGUAGUAACACUCUUCACGGUACCGAACUUGAUCCACCACUUGUAACAUGUGCAUGGGCUUGGGAAGUUACUCGACCAUAAUUUUUCUUCAGUCUCACGAUUUCCAUUUAUUUUUUAAUUUACCAGUAUGACAGCUACUGCAGCAGCUAUCGGGGCGGCUGGAAUUCCAUCAGCUGGUCUGGUUACCAUGAUAAUUGUUCUUCAAGCUGUCAAUCUACCAACAGAAGACAUUGGACUUAUUCUUGCCAUCGAUUGGUUCUUGUAAGUUCUAUUUCUCCAAUUAUAUAUCAUACAGGUGCAAGAGACGCACGUUAUUAUCUCUUAACAGGUGCACAUGUCUUUUAACCCUUUAACUCCCAGAAGUGAUUCACAUUUAUCUUCUCUCUACAAUAUCCAUCCACUAUCCAGAAAACUGGUGUUGAGAUUACUCAAAUAUAUCAGGUAGAAGUUGUUAUCUUGAUUUAACACCAAAUUCUAGCAACUAAUUUACAAGGAAAUGUGUAGCAGCUAGAGGGGAGAUUAACAAUCAGAUCCUGGGAGUUAAAGAGUUAAUUUUUCAUAGCGUGGAUGAACAAUUUAAACCUCAAUUUGGUGUGAAAAUUAAGAGCCCGGUGAUAUAAACGGAAAUUUUGCCCCGUGAAUCAUGAUACCCCAUAAUCCUCAAUACCUGUGUCGGGGCCAGCCGAUAUUUAUCGCGGGAGGGGGGGGGGGUGAGUUUGAAGGAUUUGCGUGUUGUGUCAUGAUAAAAUUUCCCCCCCUCCGUUCUCCCUGAGAACCAUGCGAUCCCCCACCCCCCCAAUACUUCAGCCAUCCCCUUCCCCGGUGAUAAAAGCGAGUGGUAUCUUAGCGAGUUUAAAAUCUACAAUAGAGUAGGAUCCAUCUGCGCCAGCACAAAUGACUUUUAUACAAAUUAGCUACAGAAAAUUAAAUUACUCUUAAUUAAAAAAAAAACAAUGUUGUAACAAUAUAUCAUCUUUAUGUGCCAUAAGGGAUCGUUUCCGCACAUGUGUCAACGUCAUGGGAGAUGCACUGGGCUCUGGAAUUGUGGAUCACUUGUCUCGUGACGACAUCAUGUUUUCAGAUCAGCUGGACGCAGACGAGGAUACACCGCUGAAACAUAACGGCGGCGCGCUGGACGGAGACGUUGACGAAGAGGACGAAGAGGAUGACGACCCCAUGAAAAUGACGAGUGUUUAAAACCAAAAUGGUUACAGCACCUUAAAGUUUCAUUACAUCAAAUAUUACAAGUAGUUUAGUUUGGCUUUGUUUGGCAUUAGGAAAACUCACAAUGUAGCAGUAACCGUGGCUUCAGCGAGCAGUUGUCGUAAUCCCACUCUACAUUUCAAGUUGCAGAGUCAGCUCAGAUAAUCGAAUUACUCCCCGUAACUCUGUUUAUCCAGAAACCAGUUGCCCCGCUCAGAGCAAAGGGUGUACAGUCCCCAUACCGCCCUAAAGAUCGCAGUUCCUAAUUAUGUCCCCAGGAACCCUCUCAUUUCACACGUAUGAAGCCCUUUUGUAAAUACAACUAUUGCACGCUCUUAGACUUUAUACUGGUAAUCAGUACCAGAGGCAGCAAUUAUUAAAAUGCAGUCCGUGAAUCUAUACACUGAAGUAAAUGUAGCUUAUGCCAGAUGGUUCGAAGUGACCACAUCAAAGUGCAGGUUGAUAAGUAUUAAGAAAAAUUGGAUGCUCAAAGCUAAUAUAAAUGAGAGCACAUAUCUUUCAAAAGAUAGCAUCUUGAUGCAACAAUGAGCCUGCUUGACCGGUGGAUUUGUCAACGCUUUGAGUCAUAGGCGGAGCUAGUUUCAAAACUUUAAAGUGCAGUCGAAACCAACUGGAAUUUCCACCACUUAUUUCCUUGUUUUCUCUGCAAUGUAUGUUUAUUUGCGCUUUAGAGAAUAAAAUUUAAGCUUUGAAGUAAACGAAGUCAGAAUUCGUUCAUCAUUCUAAUUACAUUUUUCACAAAUCUGUCAGGAAAGCGCUGAAUAAUCUCGAUCCCGCUAUUCAAUUUCUUUCAGGCAUCUUGAAUUUGUUUAAGGGAACAAGAGGGGUAGUCGCUUAACCCUUUAACUCCCACGAGUGACCAAGACAGAAUUUCUCCUUACAAUACCAAUACAAUAUCAACCAGAUAAGUGAUGAGAAUAAAGAAAACCAUCAAUUGGGGGAUAAUUAGUUGAUCCAAUACUAAAUUCUCUGAACUAACAUUAUAAAAAUUGUAUGGCUGACAGCGUCCGCUGAUACAUAACAUCCUUUGUCCUUGGGUAUGGUAACAGAAAUGAUAUGCAAUUUCUGUCAGAUCCCAGAAAACAUGACAUCUCCAAAAAUAGGCUGGACUGUUCCUUGCCAUGCAAGGGUUGACCAGGCCUGCACAAGCUGCAGGGAGAGUCCUGGACUGUAGCGCUGGUAUACGAUUAGAUAACAUUUUUACACAGCAGCAGGCGAAAAACCAUAAAGAAAGUUGUGGACAAAACAUUGGAGACAGCUUGCAAGAUAAAGCAGAACAAGAACAAUGUACAAUAAAACAGUAUAACAUUUUUGGAAAACAUAAGCAAUCAAUCAAAUUGUUUAUAAUUUUUUAUGUUUCAGACCAAAAUAAUUUGUUAUUCAUCCCAUUUAUGAUUUUCAUGUUACAAAUGUGUCUACUAGACCAAAUGAUAAAGCCAGUUGGGCAAUCCAUAUGGCAUCAAGUCUACUAGAUAUUUAGCUAGCCAUAACAGUUACCCAUCCAGUUGAUGGAACAAUGAUCCUUUCCUAGGAAGAGUAAACGAGUGAAGUGAUUCCUUCAAUAAAAGUCUUAUAGGGCAUGAUACAAGUGGUAACAUCGUAGACAGCCACAUUUGUCUUGAACAGUCCAAAAACCUGUCAGAAAUACACAUUUCUAGGAUUUCAGAAUUUUACAAGUCCCAUGACUGAGUAAUAUGAUAACUAGACAUCUGGAAUAGGCAACUAUACCCUACCAAGUGUUCCACACGGAACAACCACUGUAAAGUUUUUAAAAGCUGACGUUUCUAGUGUUGCUUAUUUAUGGACAAAAUUAUAUGUUUUUUUGCAGAAUUUCUGUGCCACAUUCAUUUGAAUUGCAUUCUAGUAAGAUUUUUGGCUUGUUUUUCUCAGAAUAUAAUUAAGAUACAAUGUUUCUUCGUAAAGCAUUACAUGCUAUUGACUCCAGGAUAAAAAAGGGAAAAAAGCAACAGUCAUUCUCAUCUUUUCUGUUUCUGCAUUUUGUUCCGAUAUGUGGACUGUGUUGUACACUUUUAGCGCUGUUUAAAGUACAGUUUGUUAAUUUGUCGAAGUCAAUGGCAUGACUUAUUUACUUAAAUUUAAAGGUGUUUGAUACCCAAGAUUUAUAUACUGUUUUUUAUUCAUACAACACAUUUUUUAGGUGAAUUAUGUGGCAAUAGUUACUCGUGUUCUGGUCCAUAUGCGAGACAGAUGUAAGUUUUUUUGCUUAGAAUAAAUAUUUGUAUGACUUACAUUGCAUCUAAAUGUAAGAAAAUUGAUUUAGGAUGUGAAAGGCUCACCCAUCUUGAUAUCGCUGUUGGGCACCUUUGCUGUGUGAGGGGGGGCAUUCGGAUUUUCGGUUUUGCGGUUUUGGCUAUUUUUUUGGAUCGGUUUUUCGAUUUUUUGCGCCAAAAAACUUCAGUUUCUCGGUUUUGGUGUUCAUUGCGGUUUGCGGAUUUUCCGUUUUCCCCAAGGUGGGAGGCAAGGGAGGGUACGGCUACACGUAGGGUACUGCUAAGCACGGAACAUUGCCAGAAUUUCUUCAUCAACGCCACCUCGAAGUUGGUGACCAAGUCAUAGGCCACACGUGACUGAUUGAUUCAACAUUCCAAUAGAAUCUCCAAACUUUCAGGUCUUAGUUCGCAAAUGGAAAUGUUAGAGUACGGAUUUUUGAUGAAACUUUCCAGAGCUAUAGCUUUUUGCGACUGCAAAAUUGCAAUCCUAUAGAGGACUUUUAUGUGAAUUUCCUUAAUCUAACUAGGCUCCAUUAUCAGCUGCUGAGUUCGCAGAGACCACGCUCGAGGUCCUCGAGAGAGCAGCUGUUAAUUUGAGCAGAUACUAGAAGAUACGAAUGCCAAGUCCAUGGCAUUCAUAAAACCUGUAAUGAAAUUAGUGUAGUUUACUCUAUAUACUCCACUUGUCACCACUGUAUCGGAUCGAUCAGGGUUUUAAUAACUGGGAUGUGAAAAUGUAUCGGUUUUGAUAGUUUUACAAGCGGUUUUCAGUUUUGAUCGAAUUUUUUUUCGGUUUUGGAUGAUUUUUUCUACGGUUUUGCGGUUUCUAAUAGGCCUCAAUGCCCCCUCCUGUGUGGACCGUUAUUCCUUCUGUUCAGUGCAACUCCAUAAAAGGAGCUAACACAAUAUUAGUUUUGCAUGCUCAAUGCAGACACUAGUUUAAUGUAGUAUUUUAAUUUGGGUAAAUAAUCAUAGAUAUUUUCCAGGUUUCUUUUUUGGUUUUUUAUUUUUAUCAUUUCCUUUUCAAUUAAGGGAAUCCCAGUGGAAGCCAGAAACCAUCUGCAAAGCGGAAGGUAUCAUAUUCCUCAGUUUCAGGAGCCAGAAGGUCCGGCCAAGGAUAUCAUCAGGACGUUCAAAACUGCUAAAGGUAGUGUGUUUGGGGCCUUAACCCUUCAACCUGUGAGAGUGACUAGCAUCUAAUUUCUCCCUACAAUAUCACUGUUGACUCAAACAUUAAGGUCAUGAGAAUAAAACAAAUGGUCACCAGGGAUGCAACCUUUUGAUUGGCAGACAAAUUCUCCUUUUCAGCAGCUGAGGAAAUGUGUAACGAACAGUGUGGAGAAUAUGCAUACUGAUGUCAGGGUGAAAAGGGUUUACGAAAAAAAAAGUAAUCGUUUGAGUCGAAAGGGAGAAAAGACCUUCAAAGCUGGAAACCAAAUACUAGUCCUCCAAAAGGUAUAUAUGUUUUUAUUUCAGAGCAAAGUUUAUGCUCGUACAGAUGCGUGCAAGGCCUUGCAUACGUGGAAUUUCAGAGGCGUGAAUCAAACUUUAAGUAAAGCGAAAGAGAGGUUUACUCAAGGUUGUUGAGUUGUAGAAAAGACAACGGUUCGGACGCAACUUAGGGCGCUCUUUAUUUCGUGCUGUGCAUUUUUGGGAUGAAAGAGUUGGCUGAAAAAUUCUGUUUGAGAGGUCACGAUUCCUGUGCCAACUGAAUGUACGUCCGUCAUUUAUUCGCGUUGUUAGCUCAGCUUUGCUCCUUUUUAAUCCGAUGAUAUAGAAGUUAGGACUAGUUCGGAAUCUCCAUUAAGCGACAUAACAGAUUAAUUCAGAUUGACUGGAAAUGAAAUAAAACUCUCAUUUUUCAAGACGUUAGAAUCACUGAAAUUUGAAGAAUUCAUGUAUUCGACUGUAAUAACUGAGCCUACAGUUGUAUAGGACUCUUUUGAUUAAGCUUAAUGAAAUUGUAAACCAAUAGGAUGCCCGUGAUUAAAUACGCUUCGUGUUUGGAAAGUCCCAAAUUUUUCUUUAGCCCAUUUUUGUUUCUCUUACAGGUUUCUUUGAAUGUUUUGAAUUUUCUUCCUAUACUUUGCAUGACAGAUGUUGUUUCAUAAAUUUACUCUUGAAAUUUUGCGAAGGAAAAUGGCGAAACUCAAGGACUCCCAGCUGCAGCAGUAGAUUUCAGUACGGUUGCACUUGUCACGUUGGACACAAUCACAAGGUCAUUUCGGGAACACCGUAACCGGUCGGUAGUAGGGACCUUAAGCAAGUCACGACGGCGACGGCAACGAGGACAUGGAAAACAAAAGUUCUAAUUGGCAGAAAAAUAGCUCAGCGCGUGCGUUUUAAAAGUUUGUACAUUUCUUAGCCGUCCUAUGCAAAACAACAACGGGAAAUCACCACAAUUUGCGUCGUCUGCGAAACGAAACCGCGACGGCAAAUUAUUUUAAUUUCCAUUCGGAACUCAACGCUUCUUUUAUACGUUAUGCUGAAGUUGAGGUGUGGCGCCGCAUAAGACGGUAAACACGUGCAGCCAUUUGUUUGUUUUAAUCCGAAGUUAAUGCGGGUGUCAACGUCAUUGCGUGACCUAAAACGAAAAUGCAGUGAAAACUGUAAUAAACAAAAUAUUAAUUUUUAAUUACACGAAAGCCUCGCGUUAAAGAUUGUAAAUUUUGAAUGAAUGAUUUACGACUUUAAGUUUGACAUUUUUUGCGUCUGUUCAUUUGGCUUCAAGUGGACUAUAUAUUAUUCAGCAUGAUGCGGCACUUCAGUCGUAAGGCGUGCCGCGAUUGGGCGAACACAUAUGUCGUCCACUCAAGCUAACAAAGAAAAAAGGAAAAUGAAAGAAAGGAUUAUGGCGCUGGCAUUAUGCCUGUGUUUAAUAGGCGGAUUGAUUAGCAUUUAAAGGAUAAGCUUCAUGCGCCGAUUGUGACAACAUCGAGACACUGUGAGGAAUUGAACGGGAACUUUACCAUAGAAGUUGGUUUCAACAGCAAAUUAUUAUUCUAGCGACACUGAAAUGUCUUCACUCGAGAUCCCGAGGUAAGUACGUGUGUUUAUUUUAUCUUUGCUUGAAUUGAUACUGUCAUCUACCAGAAAAGUGAUCUUGGUACUUUGCAAAACUACCACAGACACAAGCAUUGGUGCAUUUAGAAUGAGCGUCCGAACAAACAAUUAAAACGUAACCUCGUGCGCGAAUUUUAAGACCAGCUUUGGAAAUAUGUGUCAGGCUCUUUGUUGGAUCUGGAGAUGAUGAGUUUCUAUUAGGCUAGAAGUCUUUUCAUUUUCGAUACAAAGCUUGAUGUGUCGGGAAAAACGCCUCUGAAAUUAUUCCGUGCGAUGAUAGCUUUGUACGUCUGACUGAUUCAUUAGUGAUCACUAAUUUAGAUUCGCUGUCCUUUGUCUUAAUUUUAGAUAGUUGUUGUGACUGACUACUGUCGCCUCAAAUUAUCACGAGAAAAUCUCUCUGUUUGAGGCGCUUGGAACCGAGAUUUGCUACCGUAACUUAGCUUAAAAGCUGCCAAUUGAUAAUGACUCGCAUUUUUCCCUCAACUUUUUCUAUGGACCGGUUGGCAAAUAUGCAUUGACAGUUCUCAAAGGAGCGUUUAAAAUCAGUAAACUUAUCGGAUUUGUGAACCAUCUAAUAAACACUCAGAAGUUUUCGGCAAUGUGUACAAACUCGUCCUUUACCUUGGAUACGCCCGUCAAGUUUGUCAAUUAAGGUAGUUUUAAACAUACCAUGUUCAAAAUAAAGGCACUUUCACACUCUUUACAGCGGCUUCGAAAGCAUUUUCACUAAAUCCGCGUGAUUAAAUGUUGAAAAGCCCUUGAGAGGGUGUCUUAAUUUAGACGCCGCUACAAACUUAGGUAAAAUUUCCGCACAGCCCCAUACUAUUGUAAAACAAAUCUGUUUUCCCAAUGGCAAUGUAUUGUUUUAGUCAUUGUUUUCUCUAUUCAAGAACUGAAUGCAUAAUGAAGUAUGGGGCUGUGCGGAAAUUUUACCCAAACUUAAUUUGGUUCGUUUUUUCAGGGCAAGGCUUAAACGUGUCUUUUUUUAAUUUUUGCUCAACAUCUCUCGAACUUUUCCUGGGGCAGUAUUGUUAUUUAUAAAGAAUAUAUUAAUGUUUAAUGUGACGAUGUGCGUUUGUGCUUAAGUGCGUGUGAUUUAGUUUACACGAAUGCGCGACGCCACGGUUCAUUGACGGACCAGUCAUUUAUUAUCGUCCGGAGGGGGAGGGGGGGUGGAGGAUUUUGGACGGAUCAUACGUCUUUCAGGGGGAACGGAUUGAGAUCAGUCGUCGCUAACAGAGUAUUGGCUAGCCUAAAGAAAAUUGACUGCCAAUGAGGAGGGAUCUUUAGAAUGCUAUGGAACCUUAUGGGUAUUAGACAAAUUAAGAACUAGAAAUAGUAAUAAAAAAAUUGUAAGCAAACAAAAUUCUGAUUUACCGAUUAUUUACGGAGCGUUGAACAAGACAUUGAACAAGGUAAUAUCAUAAUGGGUGAAAGUGAGAUGCUUAUCUGAAUCAGGAUUAGAUAUCUAUGGUGUGUUGAGAAAAGCUGGGGGUUCUGCUGAAAUUAACUCAUAAAGGUUCAGUUUUUGACCACACAGUGUGAGUGAGUAAGUUAUUUGACCUUAUUUGUUCACUGUAAAUAUUAUAAACACGGCAGUCGUGAAGGUUCAGAAAACGCUGUAAUCUUUUUAACUGAGAAAGUAGAACAUUAGUUCGGCUUUUGCUUUUGAGAGGGGUCUUUGAGUUAGUACAUGUUGUUCGUGUCCGCGAAUCGAACAACGGCCCAUCAGUUUAUUUAUAACGUUCAUGGUAAAACAAAGGGAAAAAAUGUUAGGAUCGUUAAGAUAUUUAUAAGCAAAUACUUAUGAAUACACGAACUUGUUAAUGUUAAGGCAUGUUUGUUUAGAGUAGCUGACCCCUUCUUGAAUCUUAUGGUCCAAGUACCAUGGCAUAACAUCACGUAUAGUUUUUUUAUUAUCCAACUGCACAAAGUAGAGUACAAAUAACGCGCGAAUAGAGUACAAAUAUCCUGCGAUAUUGCACGGUUAUAUGGAAAGUUGAUUAUUUUGUAUUGUAAAAAAAAAAAACCGGUUUAACCAGUUGGUUGCGCGCGCUACGCUUCUCUAUCCGUUUUCUUUUCCCGCCUAAUGAGUAAUGAGCAGAAAGACUUAAUAUAAAAAAAAGCAGUUGAAUAAUAUUUAACUUAUUAGACAUUUUGGUGUGUAGUAUCGCUGAGUAUUUUAACGUCUAGUAAGAUAUAUAUAUAUAUAUAUACAUAUAUAUAUAUUGUAGUGAUCGAUAAGGUUUCGAUUGUUCGAUUGCUUGGGGUCAAGGUUACAUGUGGUGACAUAACUACUUACCAUCUGAUCUCCCUCUUCAAAAAAACAAAAAAAAAAAAAACGAAAACAAAAACAAAAAAAACUUGGAAUACGCGAGGUUAUCGAAAUCCUCUGACACAUUCAAGUUAUCUAACCCAUUCUUGCUUGCUAAAACGUAAAAGAAGAACUUCUGAAACAAUUCGAUCGGUAUGAGCUCUGUCACUGCCUUACACUUUCGUGUUUGACGGAACGCGACGGGAUGUCUGUAAUCUCAUUUUCGCGUACCAUCGUUAUUAUUCUUUUCUUCCUUUUAAAGGCUCAGUUUCGUUUUCGCUCAGGCAACUAAGUGUUUCUACUGAACAGAAAUUGAGGCAUUUAAACUUUAAUUUGUGUCUGAAUGUUUAUCUUUUUAUCAUGCAAAUGCAAUGUAAAAUUUAUUAAUUCUUGCAUAAUAACUUCCGCUCACUCACGUGGAACGCGUCUCAUCCACACAGCAAAACGCCAGAAGAGGGUAAAGAAAUGGCAACGACUUUCGGAGGGUCAGGCAACGGCUGCUGCCGCUAUUGCCAGUCAUUUUGUGGGGUGAUCAGGAGAAAUCUGCUCGUCGUUUUGCUGGGCAUCGGAGCUGCAAUUGGCUUUUUGAUUGGGGCGGUUAUCAACCCGACUGUGCAAAAUAUCGAGAAUCCAGAAACGAAGGCUACAACAACCAUGCUGAUCGGUUUCCCCGGGGAACUUCUCAUGAAUAUGCUGCAAGUUAUAAUCCUUCCACUCAUCGUGGCCAGUCUGAUCACUGCUGUGUCACAUCUCGAUGCAAGAGCGACCGGUAAGAUCGGGCGUCGUGCAUUGCUGUUCUAUCUGACCACAACGUUGUCCGCCGCCAUCUUGGGCAUGGUCCUUGUUUCCUCCAUUAGGCCAGGGAAGACUGACAAUCCAAGUGGCGAUAAAUCAAAUCCGAAUGCCUACACGACCAGAGACUCCUUUUUGGAUUUAAUCAGGUGCGUUAAAUUGAUUUAAAAACUCUUUUGAGAUGUAGGAGUAAAGAAACUCACUGAUUUUAAUUUAUGAAUAUAUUAUCGAACGCUCCCUAAUUUUUCCCGCGCCAGGCCACGAGUUGACAUGAAAAUUGAAAAACAACGAACUCUCCCGGUCAUUUUAGGCGGGAAUGUAGUAAACAUUUCGGUUGACCUUUCAUUAAAUUAACCAUGUAGUUCUACUUUCUAAGCUGUAAGUGCAUGAAAGAAGAAUUGGACGCUCGUUUGUAUAUCGUUUCACUCAUCACGUGUGAAAACUCAUUGAUUAUAUUUUGUUCCGAAAUUGAGAUAUAUCUCUAGUUUAGGGCUUAAAAUGAGGCUGCGAAAAACCAUUACUUUCCAAGGGCAUUUGGAAGUGGAAAAUAAAUAGGAUUUAUUGCUAGAGGAAAAUCGUGAAUAUAAAGCAAGGUUCACAAACAAGAACCAGCCUCGAUAGUAAAACGUCAUGUCACGCAUGCAGAUCAAAACCUGAUAUUUCCACUUUCAAUUUACUAUUCAUCGCUGUAUUCGAGUUUUUUGUAACUCAGUUCACUUGAGUGAAAUUUACACUCGUAAUCCGGCAGACUGUGAACGGUUCAAAAACCUUCCUAUGGCUCAAUUCAAACAUCACUUGAUUAAAAAUCUUCGAGUACCACGUGAGUCAGCGGGGGUCAGGCGGCACAGAGUUGACAAACAAAGUCCCAUUGAAGCACUCUGUAGACAAAAACAUAAAGCCCCUGCUAUGACUCUUUUCGGAUUUCAUUUCCGAGUCCCCUCUGAUCGUUCACAAACUACAAUGAGAGGCAGUUUUUCUCUGGCACAAUUCAAAUGUAAAGAGCUUUAAUUCUUAUUCUCUCCAUUUCAACAAACAUAGUUCUUGACUUCUUAAUUUGUGGGUUUUCUUUUCAUAGCUCUCCAGUUUUCCUUCUCUCAUGACUAACUAACAACAGAUUUGUAUGCAGUUUUUCAGAGUAAAUUCAUGUUGAGACUACCGCCUGAUUAAGUCCUGUCACCAAGUUUUUUUUUGUUUUUUUUUUAGUGAAAAUUGGCAAUUGCCAACAGUCAGCAAUUUAAUAAAUAUUCUCACUUCAAAGGAUAGAUUACAAAGCAUUUUACUCAGUGAAAAGCAAUGAAAAAAUUCUAAACAUGCAGUAUCAAGAUUUUGUUUUAAAGACUCAUUGCUAGCAAGUUGAAUUUCUUCUGCAUGUGGUAUAAAAUCAUAAACUGCUGCUUAUAGAUCCCCCCACACCCAUAUUGCCCACCCACCCUGCAGGUUAUAGGUCCAUCUACCUGAAAACAAAGAAAUAUAACUGAUUGUAAGCCCCCUUCCCCUAGUCCCUGAUAAUUUUCCUUGUUUUGAGAGUUAAGAACUCUGCUUUGACUUAUUCAGCAAAAUUUUAACAAUAGUAAUAAUGUAUUUAAUGAAUUUGAUUUAUUUUGGUUUUUUGAAGCCUAAUUUAAAGCCAUUAAAUGCCAAAUCCAUUUGAUCAGCACUUCCACAGCUUGUUUCAAAGCACUUUUCCUAUUCUGGUUAUAACCGCCUUGGAUUUAAGCCCCUCAGUGUAUUAGCCCUCCUGGGACCCCAUACGAAGUUGAACAAGGCCAGGGCUUAUAAGCAGCAGUUUAUGGUAAUACAUGUAUUAAUAAACUGUAAGCUAUUUUUGCAUUUCAUUAUUAUCAAAUGUUUCCAGGAGCUGUUUUCCCAGUAACCUUGUUGAGGCAACAUUUCGUCAGGUUGGUUUAAUGUGUAGUAGAUCAGUCAAACAGGGUUAACACUAACUGAGACAGUGCAUGAUCUGGAAAUCUUCCUAUCAUUAAAUAUAACAUCUAUGCCAAAGUUUCUGUUUUAUCCAGUGGGGUUUCACCUGGGAACUCAAUACUGUACUUCUACUGCCACUAUAUUGCUACUGUAUUGUCUCUUUCAUCAGUGGGGAUAUUGACUAAUUUUGGAGCAGAGUAUAUGGGAUGGAAUAACUAUGGUGUUCACCUUUAAAAGUUAUUUAUGUGCAGCUCUGUGUAGUUUUUCUUACAUUACACUUUAUCUCAAACAUGAAGAAAACAAUUGAUACUUGAACUCAGACCAAAGCUUACUAAGUAGGUUACAUCUGUAGACCCCCUGCUACUUGAUUAACUAUUUACAGUGCACAGCAGAGGAGUUGAGCUUGAGACUACCAAGAAUAAAAAUCUAAUGAAUCGGCAGAUUGGAGUAUUUGAACCUGGGUCCUCACAAGUUCAAAUCCAGCUCCUUAAACUAUUCAGCCUUGCUGCUUCUUGGACAAAUUCAGAUUGGCUGACACAUUGCUAGUCAUGCAACUCAAGAUUUAAAUGAAGGGCCAAACACCUUUGUCCAUCACAGAUGUGCAACCAAAACCACUCAUCAACAGAGCACACAUGCAAUGAGCAAUUCAUCCAAAACUACAUGUAACAAUGCUUUACAAGCACAUUUCAGUGUUGAAUGACCUUGUAACAAGCAAUUUUCAGUCAUACAACAGUCUCUGCUGUAUAAUGAAAUCACUUGAGUAUACUUGUGGGUGCAGUAACACUUGCACUGGGAGGGUUUCUCUGAAACAGCUUUAAAAAGCAGCUUUAUCAUGGAACAAAAGAGGGGUGCUCACUUCCUAAUUGGGCUUAUAGGGGUAUGUGUUGCCAAAUAGGGUAUAGCUUUUGGGGUCUCAAGUCUGUACAAAGUGUGUACAAUUUUAUUAUUAGAUUUCCUCAACAAGAAAUGCUUCUGGACCAGAUAACUUUAAAACAUGCAUCAGUAAUUUAUCUGAAUAUACUUCUUGUGACUGAAUGAAGUUGCUGUGCCAAAAUCAACAGCAAAUUUUUAAUUAUAAAGGGAGGUGGAAGAGAAAGGAUUUUGUUCUUGAACAGGGAAAGGCUUUUUAGGCCCAAAUAGCACACCCCUACCCAAACUUUGUGUAAUACCCCUCCCCCUGUACUUUGGGAUGCCUUAGUCAAUACAGUAUACACAAAACAAUGGGCAUUAGGGGUUAUCUUCACAUGUGACUCUCAGUGAAAAGCUUCAUGCAGUCAAUUAAUGUCUGAUGUGCAUUGGGGUUUUUAUGUUCCAUCUUAUCCUUUUAUUAAUGCAAAUAUGUAAGUCACAGUAAGCACAUAUACAUGGGCACUUGUAUGAAGUUAUUGUUGCUAAUUAAGUUCUUUAUUUUCAUUAUUUUCUUCAGAAAAAGACUUACUACAGAACAGAUUCUGGCAAGUAUGAAUUCCGCAAUGUGACUGGUAACUCUCCAAAACUUGAAGAGAAUGAGAAAAUCGUCCAGACCAUUGUGUUGAAUGCAAAACUGAACAUAACCACUAUAUCCAAAGAGAUAUAUCCACCCUCUAAUACAAUAUUUGCCGGAGUUGCUACUAACCCCACAGGGGGCAUGAACAUUCUUGGUUUGGCUGUGUUCUCCAUUGUGUUUGGUGUUGUACUUGGGAAGAUGGGUGUGAGAGCCAAACCUUUGACUGCCUUCUUUUCCUCCCUUAAUGAUGCUGUUAUGAUCUUGGUGACACUUAUCAUGUGGUAUGUUGAAAUGAAUUUUUGCAUUUUGAGUUUAAACUCAGCUAGAUGUACAAUUUAAGUUGGUUACAAGUUUGCUUUCCAGGAGAAUACUUCCAUGGGUCAAAUGUCAUUCAUCUCCUUAAUCUCCUCUACAGCUUGUGGCAUUUGCUAGCAAUGCUCAAUUUGUAUCAGGCAGGUGCACCUUUAACUUUACCCUUGUGGCAGCAUUAGGGUUUGGGUUUGGGUUUGGGUUAGGGUUAGGGUUUCCUAUUAUUGUUUCCCAUGUUUUGAAGUGUGGUUUGAAUUAAACUGCUUGACAUGAAAACUCACGUGACCCUUUGGCAUCUUUCCUUGACAGCAUGUCUUUUGUUAAUAUCUUAAUGAGUUCUUGAAAUAUUUUAUUGGGUUAGAGUAAACGUUGAGUCAGGAGAGGGGUAGGUGUGCAGUUGCUCAGAUACUAACAGUAAUCUCAUCUGAUAUAGGAAAAGAAGGCCUGUAUACGUUUCACAGAUAUAUCUCAACAGGAGAUUACCCUAAACCGCUUCUGCCUUUUUUUUCGUAGGUAUGCACCAGUCGGUAUUUGCAGUUUGAUCGCUCAGCGAGUGGCCAGCAUGGAGGAUAUUGGAGAAGAACUCAAGCGCUUAGCCUUGUUCAUCGUAACAGUUAUGGUCGGUCUUACCAUCCAUGCUUUCAUCAUUCUCCCGCUUAUUUUUUUUGCGGUGCGAAGGACCAAUCCUUUUAUUUUCAUGUACAAAAUGAGAGAUGCUUUUAUGACCGCAUUUGGCAUCAGCUCGAGGUAAGUUGGAAAUAUGACUUACGAGGAGCAGUUGAUGAUAGUGGUCCGCAAUGGGUGCAUUCAUUUAAGUGCACAGGCAAUGAAAUAAUUGGUAGUGGCAUCUAUCAUGCCUGAUUACGAAUGCAAUUUGAAGUCCCAACUUUCGAUGUUAAAAGGUGUAUGGUAAAAACAGAACAACCUUUUCAAUCGAGAAUUGACACUACACAUGCAAAGUUGAUUUUGAGUCCCAAAUAAAUGCAUCUGUUUUUUUCUCAAAGGACCGCUGGCUCGACAGGUGCACGUUGAUAACGAUAUCCAACUGACGAAUGGCCAUCAGUGUGAAAAAUUAUUUUGUUAAAUACGUAUAAAUUAAAUCUAAGGUUGGCAUUGAAUAUUCAUUGAUUCGGUGGACUAGUGUUUUCAACUUUAUCUUUCACGCCCCAUGUACCUACAUUUUCUUGGUCUCAUUUCUGCGGUAGAGUGCGUUUCGUGUGAGUAUCAGAACCAACGGCCAAUCACAACAAAGGAAAAUGUCACGUGGAGCCAACCAGAAAAAUUGAUUGAUCAUGUCGCGAUUGGUUUUUUUUUUCCACUGUUUAGUACAAAAGGUGCGCCAGCUUUCUUUGAGAUACAUCAUUGAGCGAAGCUAAAUUAAGUCCCGUUAUAAACUCCAAAUUCCAUCGUAAAUAGCACCAGUAUGAACCUUCACUGUUCAUUCUUUUCCUUCAGUGCGGCAACUCUGCCUACCACCAUACGCUGCCUUGAAGAAAACAACAAAGUAGACCCGCGCAUAAGCAAGUUUGUUUUGCCGCUGGGUGCGACAGUGAAUAUGGACGGCGCAGCUCUGUAUGAGGCUAUUGCUGCCAUCUUCAUUGCUCAGCUGAACGACUAUGAUUUGUCAGGAGGCAAAAUAGUCGCCAUUUGGUAAGGGAAAUUCCUGUUUUGCUUGAGUGAGCAAUGUAAAGUUUUCCUGCAGACAGGUGGGCACAUUGCGGCAUGCGACAAAAUCUUUUCCACUCUUAUCUUUUACUUAGCCAUCAAGAUUGUUUAAAAAGGUGUAUGGAACACAUGGGAGAACAAUCCCCGUACUACUUUGUCUUACGCCUCAUGCUAGAAAGACAAGUUCCCUAACACGCCACCCUGUACUGUAUAUGUCAAGGCCGCUUAGAGUGUCAACUUAUGCUAAAAAUUCUGAUUUUCAUCUAGUCUUACAGCAACUGCGAUCGCAAUUGGUGCCGCUGGCAUUCCUUCAGCGGGCUCAAUUACCACCAUCAUUGUUUUGCAAGCUGUUGGACUACCGCUGGAUGACAUCGGGCUCAUUAUGGCUGUUGAUUGGUUCCUGUGAGUAACAAUUCUUCCUUUUUUUUUUUUUUGAAGGUUUUUCUUGCGUCCAGAAUGCUUUUGCGAACCUACGUGUGACUUGACGCGAUAAAAAACAAAUGCACAAGUUCUUUAUUUGCCUGUAAUAAAGUAACAAGGAACGACUUAGAGCCAGUGUGUAAUAGCCGAGGAAACAUGGGCCAUUACAAAGGCUUCUUGUUCGCAGGUUGCGGUUAUGAUUGACAACUAAAUGAGGCAAAAUUGAAAAGCUCAGAGUUCGUAUGCUACUCAGUGAAAUGGUUUGUAAUUGAAUUAAAAAAAGAUAAGACAAAUAAUUGUGAUUUAACAAUGACGAAAGCUACGCUCUUUUUAUUCCUCAGGGAUCGAUUCCGUACCACGGUUAAUGUUUUGGGUGACUCUAUCGGCGCUGGUGUAGUGGAACAUCUGUCACGUGACGAUCUGCUCAAGUAUGAUGUCAAUGGCAAAGUGGAUGACCGCGUCCCUCUCAGUAACGGGGGGAAACUGGAUGACCCUGAUCAACUCCUGGUCACCUCCUCUUUGUAA